AUGAUUCCUAGAAAACAAUUGUCUGGUUAUGAAAAAAGAAAAAAGAGAAAACGAUUAAAUUCUUUGGUCGAAUCACAAAAAGAAGCUAUUAAUAAAUUUUUCUCCAAAAGUUCAAGUUCUCAUGAAAAUAAUGAACAAUUAGAUGAAAAUACACCUACUAGCCAUGAAAAUUUACCUACUGAUAAUGAAAAUUUACCUAUUGAUGAUGAAAAUGUAUCCAUUGAUGUUGAAAAUGUAUCUAUCGAUAAUGAAAAUAAUGAUAAUAAAUAUGUGCCUAAUAUUGAUAUCUAUGACCCUAGAACAUGGGAAAAUAUUGAUAAUGAUUCAAGAGAUAUUUUAGUUGAGAAGGGGCUUGAAAGAGAAACAAAUCUCAACUUUCCUUUAGACAAAGAGGCUUUGUUAGCAAAUGAUGGAUUACAAGAUUGGAGACAUAUAGGUGAACGACUAAAAGAGCAUGAAAAUAGCAUCGAACACAUAACUAACAUGAACUCUUGGAAUGAACUAAGAUUAAGGUUGGGAAAAGGUCAAACCAUAGAUAAUGACUUGCAAAAGGAAAUUAUGAAGGAAAAAGAACGAUGGCGAAGCAACGAAAAGAUUUAUCAAAAUAGUAAUGGUAAUUUUUUGGGAAUUAUUGAGAUGCUAGCAGAAUUUGAUAUAGUCAUGCAAGAUCAUGUUAGGCGUAUUCAAAAUCAUGAAAUUCAUCGUCAUUAUCUUAGUCACAAAAUACAAAAUGAAUUGAUUUCUAGCUUAGGUCAAAGUGUACUUGAUCUUAAUGUGGAUGAUAUUAGGGGACAAGGGUAUGACAAUGGUUCUAAUAUGAAAGGUAAACACCAAGGUGUUCAAAAACGAUUGUUGGAAGUAAAUCCAAGAGCAUUAUAUAUGCCAUGUGCUUGUCAUAGUCUCAAUCUUACUCUUAGUGAUAUGGCAUAUUCUAAACUAUUACAACAUAAAACUAUGAGCAUUAACAAUACUAUCAAGCAAGUAAAAGAUAUGAUGUUGUAUUUUGAAAAUUAUAGAUAUGAUGGAUUUCAAAAGAAUAUUGAUCUAAAUGAUAUGUUCUCUGAAUUAAGAGUGCUGCAAAAGACUUUGCCAGAUGUGUCAAAGACAGCAGCCCAAAUUCUUGAAUUUGUUAAAUCUGCUGAUUGUUAUCCUAAUGUUUUGAUUGCAUAUCGAAUUUUAUUAACUUUACCUGUGACUGUAGCAUCAGCGGAAAGGAGUUUUUCAAAAUUGAAGCUGAUAAAAACAUAUUUGUGCUCAACAUUAUUACAAGAAAGAUUGAAUGACCUUGCAAUUCUAUGCAUCGAGAAGGAUAUGUUGGAAAAGAUAGAUAUAGAUUCUAUUAUUGAUGAUUUUGCAUCAAAAAAUGCACGAAAACAUCGUUUUUUGUAA